AGUUCUCUCUCUCUCUCUUCUGUGUGAGAGAGAAGGCUCAAUGGUCUUCAAUUGCUUGAGCCUUGGCCUCCAUCUCCAUCCUCAUCCCCACAAACACAAUCGUCAUUCACUUUCUUCUUUAAGAUCCCACACCAAAGCUAAACUCUGUCACCAUGUCUCAUUCACAGCUUCCAGCGAUGAGAGAUUCUACAUUUCUUCUGGGUCUCCGUCUGACCCGCAACAUAAAAGUCUCAAACACUUUGAAUGGAGCGAUCGCAGCUUGACUUCGAGCCGGUCCGGUGACAACUUGGGUUUGAGCCGGUCCGGUGACAACUUGGGUUUGAGCCGAUCUGGUCUUAUCCGCCCAAGAUUCUCAGCGAUGACAGGGUCAGAUUUUGAUGACUUCGGGUACGACGAAUCCCAAUUCGACCCGGCCCUCACGAAUGACGACUUGAAGCCGACGAAGCCAAGCCAAAGAACGUUUUCGUGGUUGGAUAUGUCGAGUUUAUGGAUCGGUCUAGUGGUUGGUGUGCCUACUUACUACCUCGCCGGAAGCUUAGUGGACUUAGGCAUGGCGUGGUGGCAAGGGAUAGCCACAGUGGUUGCAGCCAACCUAAUACUCCUCGUGCCGCUUGUUCUCACCGCUCAGCCUGGUACCAUGUACGGAAUCUCCUUCCCUGUCCUGGCUAGAUCAUCGUUCGGUAUCCGUGGAGCCCACAUCCCGACACUAGUCAGAGCAUUAGUCGGUUGCGGAUGGUACGGUAUCGAGACAUGGAUCGGGGGAGAAGCUAUCUUCUUGCUCUUACCAGGUCACGUUAAGAACUCGGCUUUGUCUCAUACACUACCUUGGCUCGGCACUUCUCCGCUUGAGUUCUCUUGUUUCAUCGUCUUCUGGCUGGCUCAGCUUUGUAUUGUCUGGAGAGGAAUGGACGGAAUCAGAAAGCUCGAGAAGUAUGCAGCUCCGAUUCUGAUCACUCUCACUUCUUGUCUCCUUGUCUGGUCCUAUCUCAAAGCUGGUGGGUUCGGUCACAUGCUUUCCUUGUCAUCCAAGCUAACCUCUGCUCAGUUCUGGUCUCUCUUUUUCCCAUCCCUAACCGCAAACAUAAGCUUCUGGGCAACUCUUGCUUUAAACAUCCCUGAUUUCUCCCGGUUUGCAAAAUCCCAAACCGAUCAAAUCAUUGGUCAAGCCGGUCUUCCCAUUUUUAUGGGUUUGUUCACGUUCGUUGGCUUAGCUGUUACGUCCUCCACAAGUAUCAUCUUUGGAAGAGUUAUCUCCAAUCCGAUUCAGCUUCUCGGUCAAAUCGGAGGCCUCGCCACAACUCUGCUUGCUAUCCUCGGAAUCUCCCUCGCCACAAUUACCACAAACAUAGCUGCAAACGUGGUCGCGCCUGCAAACGCGCUUGUGAAUCUAAACCCUAAGGUUUUCACAUUCGGAAGAGGAGCGUUAUUAACCGCGAUUCUUGGGAUCGUGUGUCAGCCGUGGAGAUUGCUCAAAUCGAGUGAGAGCUUUGUGUACACAUGGCUCAUUGGAUACUCGGCGCUUCUUGGUCCUAUCGGCGGCAUAGUUCUCGCCGAUUAUUACCUGAUGAAGAAGAUGAAACUGAACAUUGGAGAUUUGUACUCUUCGAGUACCUCCGGGGAAUAUUAUUUUUCCAAGGGAUAUAAUGUCGCCGCCAUCGUCGCUUUGGUCGCCGGAAUUAUCCCAGUCGUGCCUGGUUUUCUACACAAGAUCGGAGCUUUGUCGAAGAUCGCAAAUGGGUUCGUCGUUGUUUACGACAACGCAUUGUUUUUCAGCUUCUUCAUCGCAGGAUUUUUCUACUGGAUCAUAAUGUCUUGUCUAAGAAGCAAACAGAGGUCGUUGUCUUCUUCUUCACAGACGCUUUUGUGAAUAUUGGCAUUUGAUUGGUUUCGUAAGUAAUUUAAAUAUAAAAUUUCCGAUGUAAAUUUAAACAGAAGAACACAAAAAUAAAAGGAUUGAUUUUUUUUU